AUGAGUACUUCACCGCACGUUAACGACCCGUAUGAGGACGACCCAUUUGGCGAUUCUGGCUCCGAAUAUAUGCCUAGUAAUCCAAGUGGCUCAGAAAAUAAAAGCGAAAGGGACGAGGCUACUAUAAAUACAACAGUGAGAACAAGAAAACGCACCAGGAAUGAGCAAAUGUGGCCGAGAAAUAUUAUGAAAGCGAAGCGAAUAAAAGGUGAAGAAUAUAGGAAUUUCAAAGUCGAAGUUGUAAAUAAAUUAAGGUGUUACAAAAAAAACGCAAAUCCUUCAAGACGUUCGAAUACGCGAUUGUACUACUUAACUAAUGAAAACGGAGAAAAAGUAAAGAUCUGCAAGGAGUUCUGCAAAAAGAUAAACGGGGAAAACAUGUCCCCAGUAAUAAAACAAGCGAGGACAAAAUACUGGAUAUCAAAAAUUUUAACAGAUUCCUCGCGUAUCAGUCACAUUAUUGAAAAACUGAAAAACCACCAUAGAAAGUACCUGUCGCCUGAUCUUAGUUUAGGGAGAAUGUAUAGCCUUUACAAAGAUCAAACCCCUGAGCCAGUCUCAUAUUUUGUUUUCGCCAACGUUUUUAAUAAACAGUUAAAUUUACAUUUUCAUGCUCCUGUGUCAGAUUCAUGUAGAAAGUCUGAUUUUCUUAACGUAAAAAUCGAAGCCUCAAUCGAUGAAGCUGCAAAACAGCAAAGUAUUACUGAGCAAGAGCUACAUCUUCGUAAGGCUGAAUCAGCAAGGGAAGGAAUGAAAGCAGAUGCGAGAGUAUUUUUAAUUCUUUCAUAUUUAAUAACUAGCAAAAGAUCAACGGAUCAGUGUCUGGAUAAAAAACUAGCAGAAGAUUACCAUAAAGUGGACACUCGUAUUUGCCUUGUGAUCAAGGCUUCCGGCUCAUCGAGAAACAAAAAAAAAAUCUACAAAGAUAUUUACAUUCCGGAAUAUUGGUGUAAUGUCAUCAGAUCUGCCAGAAAAAAGGACCCUUUCAAACUAAUUUUCAUGACAAGCCAAGAUUUUUUUUCUACUGCAUCCCUUCAGGCCCAAAUCACCAAUAGAAAAAAAUCUAUAAAUGACGAAAAGGUAGAGUGGCUCAAAAUGCAAUGGCUAAAAUUUAAAAAGGAUGAAUUAUUUCUCAUACAUUUUAAAUAUUACAAUAAUUAUUUGGUUCCCUUCACAACCGUGAAGAUUGCAAAAAUGAAUGCUGCGACAUCUUCAGUUAAUAUUAAUUUGCAACUGCUGUAUCUGAACGGGCAUAAGGUAGACAUUAAAAAAAAGAAGGACUUAUUGACACUUUCCGACUUCAUCCCAUCCAUUUAA